AGGGUUGCAUCCUAACCCGUCCUCUACUGGCCGUCUUGCCGCUGCCCAACCAACCGAACCAUCAGUUCCUCUUACCGGCCUGAGACAGCAGCUUGCUCGCGGUUAGAGAGCGCGAGUUACACGACCAGUAACUCAGUAGCAGAUUGCAUUUCUGCCGGGCGGUGUGGAGCGCAAGCGAAGGCGAGCGGUGGAGAGCGAGUGCACAGUUCCUUGAACCUUGCUCCCGCGGACCCUGAACGGCCAGCUGCUUCAGCAGCAGCCUCCUAGGUCAAGACACUUACAGGACAACAGGAGCCACAUCAGCCCCUGAAAACCAGCAGCCGGAAAAUGCAGUCCAAGUUGAACCACGUGCCGGCGCGGAGCGCCGCCUCCACCCCAACCAGCGCCGCCACGCGGCGCGUAGCGCCCGCGGCUGCUGUUCCCGCGGCCGUCCGCCGCAAUGUGGCGGCUGCGGCCGCCACUGGCGGCGCCGCCACGAGCGUUGCCGCCAUGAGCAGCCAGAUGCGCGCGGUGCGUAGCAAGAUGGAGGAGGACGAGCAACUGCGGGUGCUGAUGGCGGGCUUCCGCGGCGCCAACCUGAACGAGGACGACUUCGCAAACAGCAAUGUGCGAAUGGAGCUGAUUGAGACAGACAGCGACAGCGACCACCAGCUGCCUCUGACAUACGACGUGGACGCUAUCAGCCGCUACUGGGACCGCCGCCCCGUGUCCGUCGUCACACGCAUCGCACAGCUGCUGGGCAUCAGCGGCAAGUUCCUGACCGGCCUGGCGGUGGACGCAGCGGCGGGCAAGCUGCGUGAGAACGAGGUGAAGCGCGCCAUCCAGCUGCGAGACAUCGUGACCAGCCUGGGGCCCGCCUACAUCAAGCUGGGCCAGGCGCUGUCCAUCCGGCCCGACCUGCUGAGCCCCGCCGCCAUGAACGAGCUGCAGAAGCUGUGUGACAAGGUGCCUAGCUUCGACAGCAAGCUGGCCAUGCAGGUCAUCAACGAGGAGCUGGGCGCCCCCUGGUACGAGGUGUUCGCCGAGCUCACGCCGGAGCCCAUCGCCGCGGCCUCGCUGGGCCAGGUGUACAAGGGCCGGCUCAAGACGGGCGAGACUGUGGCGGUCAAGGUGCAGCGGCCCUACGUGCUGGAGACCGUCACCAUCGACCUCUACAUCAUCCGACGACUGGGUAUCUUCCUGCGCCGCUUCCCGCAGCUGACCACGGAUGUGGUGGCGCUGCUGGACGAGUGGGCGGCGCGCUUCUUCGAGGAGCUGGACUACGUGCACGAGGGCGCCAACUCGGAGCGCUUCGCCGAGCAGAUGCGCGUCGACCUGCCGCAGGUGGUGGUGCCGCGCACCUACUUCGAGUACACAAGCCGCCGCGUGCUGACCACCGAGUGGCUUGAGGGCGAGAAGCUGUCUCAGUCCAAGGCGGACGAUGUGGGCACGUUGGUGAACGUGGGCGUCAUCUGCUACCUCAAGCAGCUGCUGGAGACGGGCUUCUUCCACGCGGACCCGCACCCCGGCAACCUCAUCCGCACGCCCGACGGCCGCCUGGCCAUCCUGGACUUUGGACUCAUGACACAGGUGGACGACGAGAUCAAGUACGGCAUGAUCGAGGCCAUCAGCCACCUCAUCCACCGCGACUACGAGGCCAUUGUCAAGGACUUCGUGACUCUGGACUUCAUCCCUGAGGGCACGGACCUGCGCCCCAUCCUGCCCGUGCUGGCCAAGGUGUUUGACCAGGCUCUGGAGGGCGGUGGCGCCAAAAACAUCAACUUCCAGGAGCUGGCGGCUGAUCUGGCCCAGAUCACGUUCGACUACCCCUUCCGCAUCCCGCCCUACUUCGCGCUCAUCAUCCGCGCCAUUGGUGUGCUUGAGGGCAUUGCGCUUGUGGGCAACCCCGACUUUGCGCUGGUUGACGAGGCCUACCCCUACAUCGCCAAGCGCCUGCUCACGGACGACUCGCCGCGACUGCGCGCCGCCCUCAAGUACAUGGUGUACGGCAGGAACGGCGUGUUUGACGCCGAGCGGCUGAUCGACCUGCUGGGGGCGCUGGAGCAGUUCGUGGACCGCUCGCAGACCGCUCUGGGCGACCUCACACCCACCAGCAGCCUCUCCAGCGUCAACAGCUUCAGCAGCCUCAACAGCCUCGACGGCACGGAGGCGGACGCCGCGGCGGCGGCGGCGACGGCCGACAGGCGCGCCUCCGGCGUGGGGGCCAGCAGCAGUGGCAGCGGCGGGGCGGCGCAGGCGCCGCAGGGCUUCCCGUUCCCCUUCCCGCCGCCGCCGUUCCCCUUCCCGUUCCCCUUCCCUGCGCCCGCCGCUCUGGGCCUGCCCGGCGGCGCCUUCGGUCUGCCCGGCUCCUCCGCUGACCCCGCGGCCGGCGGCGCGCUGCCUGCACCCGCCAUGCUUGACCCUACCGCCAGCCUGCUGGGGCCGCUGACAGCGCUGCUGCCGCCGCCGCUCGCCGCCUCCAUCGCCGCCGCCAUCUCGCAGCAGAGCGCGCAGCCAGGGGCGCUGAGCUCCAUUGGAGGCCUGUCCUCCACCACCACCGGCGCGGGCAUGGGCGGUGCGGCUCAGCUGCGCACGCGCGCAGCCCUGCGCUUCAUUUUCUCGCCAGAGGGCUCGUUCUUCCGCGACUUCAUGAUGGACGAGCUGGUGAAAUCCAUCGACGCGCUCAGCCGCGAGCAAGCCAUUGCUGUCGUGACGACGCUGGGCCUGCAGAACGCGGUGGUGCCGGUGCUGCUGCCUGGCGCGCCGCGCACCUUCCUGCCGCUGGCGCCCAGCCUCACCGAGGAGGACCGGCGGGUGGUGGAGAACGUGACCAAGAUCGCGGCCUUCCUCAGCCGCGGCUCGGGCGGCCUGCAGCAGGGCCUGGCUGGCUCUGACGGCCUGGCGGUGGCGGGCGAGCUGCUGCCGGUGAUGCCGGCCGUGGCCACAGAGAUCGUGCCGCAGCUGGCGCAGCGCCUGGCCAGCCGCCUCACGGCCCGCGCCGUACGCGAGAUCCUCAUGUGAAUCCCUGGUGUGGAGGUGGACCCUUGUGUGUGAGAUGGUGAUGUGAGGUCGUCAUGCUGAUUUGAGUGAGGUGGUAGGGACGUGUCAGGCGCGUUGCUGGAGGCCCGCGUGACGGUAUGUUGUUGCCAGGCUGCGCUUUGAGCUGACGGAGGAGAGGGGACGGGUUCUCGGGUGCUGUUGUUCGUUAAGUUGUAUGGCUGUGUGCGACUUUAUGAGAGUGCGUGUGUGCAUGUCUGUGGUUGGAUGCACGUGCGCACUGUGCAGCGUGUGGGUUGUGGCUCGAAUGCGGGAUGCAGCGAUAUAUCGGUCUCGUGAACAGCAAGGAGCAACGGCUGCUAGGCUGUCGUGGCAAAGCUGCCUGUAAGAGACUGAGAGUCAGUCGUAUCUCUAUCGUGAAGAAACUGAACGAAGACACGGCUGCAUGUGUACCGUUUUGCAAUUUUCCGUUUGGUUGUGCCGUUUGUAGAAAAAUAGGCAGCAGGUAAAACUCGGCCGUGCGGUUGCUUGGCAGUUGGCAGCGGGGCGUGGCUGGACGCAUGGCGGGCCGUGCAUAUACGAACCGCUCCCAGCUUUGUCCGGGAGAUGCGGUAGACGCUGAUGGCCUCAGGCUAGAGAUGUGGCGUGGCCGCGUGGGCGCAGCCCACUUCUCCCAUGCAAGGGAAACCAUAUCUUGUCCGUGUUAGUGCACAACAGGUCUGACACUGUGUUUCCGCUUGUCGGUGAAGUUGAGGAUUUAAGGUUGCUAUUGCUAUGCGUGCGGAGCUGUGUGAUGAGUUGCAACCAGAGGCAGGGCUUGUGCUGGUGCAGGCGGCACGGCAUUGCAGGCUGGGGGUGGCUACGUAGGUUGCGAAUUAGGCUCUGCAGGGUAUGGCAAUCGCAAAGAAGGGAGCCGCCAAUGAACUUGUGGCAUGGAUCAAGAUUGGGCCGUUUGAAUAUGCAAGGCAGUUCGGUGAUAAGUCUGGGUCAUUUAAUACACGGUAG